CGAAAUCCUGGGGAAACCUGGAAUGCCCCAGGAACCCAAAAUCCAGCGGAUCCCAAAAUCCUGGAAAUUGCACCCGACCCCAGAACCUGGCAGUGCCCAAAUCCCAUACGGGACCCUAAAAUCCAAUGGGAUCCCACAGAACCCCAAAAUCCCACAGGAUCCCAAAACCUGGCAGUGCCACAAGAUUCCCAAAACCGGGGGAGUCCCAAAAUCCAGUGGGAUCCCGAAAUCCAGUGCCCCAAAACUUGGCAGCGCUCAGAUCCCACAGGAUCCUAAAAAUUCAUUGGGACCCCAAAAUCCAGUGGGACCCCAAAAUCCAGUGGGACCCCAAAAUCAAGUGGUGCCCCAGAUCCCACAGGACCCUAAAAAUUCAAUGAGAUCCCAAAAUCCCCCAGGACCCCAAAAUCUGGCAGUGCCCAAAUCCCACAGGACCCUAAAAUUCAGUGGGACCCCAGAAUCCCCCAGGACCCCAAAAUCUGGCAGUGCCCAAAUCCCACAGGACCCUAAAAUCCAAUGGGAUCCCACAGGACCCCAAAAUCCCCCAGGACCCCAAAAUCUGGCAGUGCCCAAAUCCCACGGGAUCCCCAAAGCUGUGGAGACCCCAAAAUCCCGCAGGACCCCAAAACCUGGAAGUGCCCAAAUCCUAAAGGACCCUAAAAUCCAAUGGGAUCCCACAGGACCCCAAAAUCUGGCAGUGCCUAAAUCCCACAGGACCCUAAAAUUCAGUGGGACUCCAGAAUCCCACAGGACCCUAAAAUCUGGCAGUGCCCAAAUCCCACAGGACCCUAAAAUCCAAUGGGAUCCCACAGGACCCCAGAAUCCCACAGGACCCCAAAACCUGGCAGUGCCCAAAUCCCACGGGAUCCCCAAAGCUGUGGAGACCCCAAAAUCCCGCAGGACCCCAAAACCUGGAAGUGCCCAAAUCCUAAAGGACCCUAAAAUUCAAUGGGAUCCCACAGGACCCCAAAAUCUGGCAGUGCCUAAAUCCCACAGGACCCUAAAAUUCAGUGGGACUCCAGAAUCCCACAGGACCCUAAAAUCUGGCAGUGCCCAAAUCCCACAGGACCCUAAAAUCCAAUGGGAUCCCACAGAACCCCAAAAUCCCACAGGGUCCCAAAACCUGGCAGUGCCACAAGAUUCCCAAAACCGGGGGAGUCCCAAAAUCCAGUGGGAUCCCGAAAUCCAGUGCCCCAAAACUUGGCAGCGCUCAGAUCCCACAGGAUCCUAAAAAUUCAUUGGGACCCCAAAAUCCAG